CUCAGGUUUCAGUUAUUCAGUCCGGGCAACCAUGCCGUUGAAAUAAGACCGGCACGUCUUGAAUAAGUCAUUUUUGACUCCGCUGUCGUGACCGGGACUUUGUUUUGCUGUUGGGCAUGGAUCAAACUGCGAGUCCUGAAGACGAUAGCGUGUUCACCACCAUUUCUUUAACUGAUGAUUCGGUGGAUUCUGGAUCUACCAUAUCUGAUUUAAAACUCGACAGUGACCCGUUCGUGAUGAAUGCAGAUAUGGAAGUGAUUAACCCUGAGAAUGAAGUAGAAUUAGAAGAGAAGACACGACUGAUUAACCAAGUGUUGGAACUUCAGCACACUUUAGAAGAGCUGUCUGCACGUGUAGAUGCUGUAAAAGAAGAGAACCUUAAACUAAAGUCUGAAAAUCAAGUCCUUGGGCAAUAUAUAGAAAACCUCAUGUCAGCUUCUAGUGUUUUCCAGACAACAGACACAAAAAGCAAACGAAAGUAACAGCUAGUUGAUUUGAUCAUCAGAUUUUAAACUGUAUAUACAUGCUCGGUCUUAAAAUAUCUUCAUCUGCUUCAAUUUCUUAAAACAUUUGGCUAAUUAAAUUUGACUAGUGUUGAUUAAUACAUUCUAAAGUUUGUUCCUUUUAACCUGAAUUCCUUCAAGGACAAAAUUUUAGGAAGCUUUAUUGAGCAUAGUUCUUGCCCUUGUUAACAGGUUUACAUUUAGUAAUAUGUUAUAGUGUAAUCCUUCAAACUUGUAUAUUAGUAUUAUGCACAUUGGACUUUAUUUUGAGAGUAUAGUCUAUAAAGGCAUGCUAUAGCUUCCGUAAUGUUCUGGGACUUCAGCACAAUUCCAUAUUGUCCCCAGUUUAACCUGAUUGAGUUAUGAAGCAUAAUUUAGAUUAAGGGGGAAAAAGUGCAAUGUAAUGGUAACACUAGUAAAAGGGGUAUGUCUAAAACUUUGUAUAUGCUGAAAUGUAAAUGCUGCCUGUGUGUACAGUGAUGUAGUUGUUGUCCUAUAUUUUUAUGUAUUUGCUAUAAUAAAAUAUUAGUUUUUGUAACUGUAAA